AGACGGCGGACGGAGCCGAGCGCGGCCGAGCUCACACGAACGCGAGCUCUUGAGCGAAGUGAACAUUUGAACCAUAGACGCGCUCGACAGUACGCGGACAGUGUAGUGAGUGAACGUUGUCGCGCGCCGGGUUUGCGGAUCUCGUCCAUUUUUUGCUCAGCUGUCAAGCGCCCUACUCUCACGACUGUGAAAGCGGUGUUUCGUGAGUGGACGCCCCUAAAGUACGAUAUAACCUCUUUGUUUCGCUCUGCUCCCAAGACGCGAGUCUGUCUCUCUCUCUCUUUCUCUCUCUCUCCCUUUCGCGCGUUCGGCCUUCUCUCUCUUCCGCUCUCGCAUACAUUCUCGGUCUAUCUCUACCGCGUUCGGUACGUCUCUUUCUCCCGAAGCGUGGUACGCUCGAUAAUCGUCUACUCUCGCAGACAACGACGGUGACGUUCGUCGCGACACUGACGUUUUUGCUUUCAAUCGCCCGCGUCGCGUGUGCGCCACCAGUUGCGUGUUGCGUAAUCAUUUUACAACAGCCCGUCUCGUGGGUGCAUCGGCCCUGCUCCCCUCCCCUCGAUCGCCGUCCGCCGAAGAGUUUGGUGCCACGAUCCUUGGAAUCUGACGUUUGAAGUGCGACUUCACUGCGGCAUCCUGCGGAGCACGUGGUAGCGCGGCGGACGCGCGGCCGAAGAGGAGGCGGAAGUGCCCGUUGACGAUGGCGGCGGGAACGUGCCAAUUCGCCUGAGGUGACAGACAUUCGCAGAAAUCCGUAAGGAUGGUGCUAGUGGUGGGCGGAGUGGUCCUGCAGGAGGAAAUACCCGCGGAUAGCAGAUCCUUGUACGCGGCCCACCCGGUAUAUCGCGAGAGCGCGGCCCAGCUGCACUCGAUGCCGGCGAAACUCGUGGGUCCGGUGGGUCUCCUCUACGUCCAGCAACGGGAAAUGGCUGCGACUCUGCCGCAGGACAAGAACGUGAACAUCCUCGGUUCGGACGAUAUGACAACGUGCAUAAUCGUCGUCGUCAGGCAUUCCGGUUCAGGAGCCGCAGCACUGGCGCAUCUUGACGGCUCUGGAACAGAAGAUGCUGCGGUGGCGAUGAUCCAGAGGGUAACGGAACUCACCCUUGGAUAUCCCGAAGGUCGGCUGGAAUUGCAAUUGGUCGGCGGUUACUCCGAUCCGCGAAACUAUUCCGAGGAAUUAUUCUACACUAUACUUUCUGCAUUUCAUAAACAACCAGUGGAAAUCGACCUGACAUUAUGUUGUGUGGGCGAGCUAAAUACCACUGUGAGAGGCGGGAUUCAUUGGCCGGUGAUCUACGGUAUCGGGUUGAACGUGAAAACGGGUGAGAUCUUUCCCGCAACUUUCCCCGACAAAGGCCCGGAUCAGGCGCUGCGGUGCGCCAGACAAUUGACCGGAGGUCAGCAGGUUCUGGAUAUAUACGAUUGCGGUCUUGGAUUACUUAGAAUCGGUCCGUUUAAUUAUGAUCCUUUGCGAGGUGUGGAUCUCUGGUUGGCGCAAACCGAUCAAUUCAUCCUGCAACAUCUGUCAACGUCACCGGAAGUAGAACAACCACAUUUCGUCUCACAAGUACGGGCGACGCUCAAGUAUAUUCAGGACAAUCAAUUUCCAGCCGUCACUGUUUUCCGAGAUAAUAAACCUCAUUACUAUCGCCGGGAUGAAACCACCGGUGUCUGGCAGCCGAUGCGAUAUUAACCUUAAUAAAUCACAGAUUUGGUUAAGGUUUGCGUGAAAGUUAUUCGCAAAAUUUUCGAAUGAUAUAAAGUACGAUAUCAAAUUGCGGAUGAAUGAAGCAUGCGGAAUUAUAAGAAUUUAAAUCAGUUACUGAAAUGUGAAACUGCAUUUUCUCGAAAAUCGCAGUCGUAGAAUUGUUGCCCUAAUGAAUUCGUUUUAAAAAAUUCAUUCCGCAUUUAUAAUUGAUGAAAAGUACGGAAGUCGACAUAUAAUUGCAGCUUUUAUCGGCUGACAAUUAUUUGUGUUCAAUAAAAAAACACGUCCGAGAAGUUGUGGGAAUAUAAAUUGAAACAGUCAUAAUUAGCGCACAGGUUAAUGCCUUAAUGUCUGCUCACAAUGAAAGAUAUCUCGUGAACCGCAUUGAAGUUGGAGUGCAGAUUAGCCUUUGAAUAUAUUACCCAAGUACGAUUUGUAAUAUUUACAAAUUAAAUUCAAAGAGUAGAGCUUAACUCUGUUAUUAUAGAGUACAAGCUAGGAAAAUAAAUAUGAAUUAGAAGUGAUUUUGGCAAAUACGAACAAUUAUGCGAAAAUUUUAAUACGCAUUAUCGAUACUGAGAUUAUAUGUGUAUAUAUUUAUGACACAUAUUUUUCUUUAUACAUCCUCUAUAUUGAUAUAAUUUUUAUUAAUAUUAAUUUUUUUAUCAUAUUACAGCAAGAUAUUUCAAAUCGCGAUAUAAAUUACGUCACAAUCGAAAUAGGUUUUAGAUAAAUUGAUAUGAAGACUUUUUUAGAUAUCAAAAAUUUUUUAAAUCGUACUCGUCUUUCACUUACCAGGCGACUAUUCUUUUAUGACUCAAAAUUGGAAAACGAUAUAUGAAAUCUUAUAAGGAAGAAAAGAAACAAAAAAAAAUUUGUAAAGCAUGCACAUAUGGAAAUAUAUACCUCUCUCUUCUGGCACUUUUGGAUAUAUUUAUAUAAAACAAUAUUCGCGGAUAUAAAAUACAGCGCGCAUUAUGAAUAAGCCUGUACGUAUUAAUAUGUUGUUGAAUUUCUUUUUUAAUAGAUGCUUAUGUUAUGUAUAUGGACGAUCGAAUUCGAUUCAUUGUUACAAAAUGUUAUUAGUCAUUGUUCUAUCGUUGAACGUUCUCUCCGGAUUAACUUUCAUCGUCGCCAGAUAAAACAACAAUAUGUAUCCUCAUCGCGCAUUUAGUCAUUGAAUGCGAUUGUUCUAUACUUAUUUCACUUUUACAAUAUGUGCAAUCUUCAUAAUUCAAUAACUGAAAAUCACAUUUGAUGCUAACUGCGCGAUGCAGCACGAAUUACGCACACGUGCAUGGAAUUAGAUAAGAGCAUUUAUUGUUCUUUUUUUUCCUUUUAUUUCGUUCUUUCAGUUGAAUUACGAAAGUUCAAACAAGGAUAAUUUUGUACUUGCCAUAAUAAAGCAAAAAAAAUUGUACGAAAGAUAGAGAGAAAUGAAGUAGAGGACAAUGUACAUAAUAUUUUCAGGGUUGUGCCCGAAUUCUUGUCGGGUGAGGGAAAGUUCCUCUGCCUCGAUACAGUUAUUUUAAAAUCUCUUUUCAAAUAGCAAAGAUUAGUAAUCAAGUAAAGGCCAUUGAUGUUUCGCGAAAAUUUUUACUAAUUUAUUCUCGUACAUACAUAUAUGUUGAAAAUGCCAAUCUUUUUUUAAUUAUUAUUUGAAUGUAUGUGCGAUAUUCGCGAGACAUAUAUUUGGACGUUCACGUUUAAUUCAUUUACAUAGAAUAAACAUCCCAAAUAAAACGAUAAAUUGAAAAAAUCGUUGUCAUUUCACUAAUUAUAAGUAUAAUAUAUAAAUGCAUAAUAAUGUGGUGCAAUUUCGAUCAAUUUAAAAAUCACGUAAACAUCCCACAUAGGUUUUAUCGUUAUUUAGAAAGCGCGAGCACAUGCGAUCGCGAUCGAAGAAUUAAAACGAGGCCUUCCCUUACCUGUGAAUUCAUUGAUUAAGCGGGAAGGUAAUUACUCUCUGGAUUGUGCUCGAGAGUACAGUUCCGCAGCCAUAUAUAAAAAAGGUUUCAUGUAUUUCAUUAUAUGAACGCAAUUUUCAUAGCAGAAGAAAUUCAAAAAAUUCUAUGUAUCGUUCCUUGUCUUUUAAAAUGAAUGUAUCAUUUUUUUAAAUGAUAUUUUAAAAGUAAAUAUAGCGAAAAGUAAAUAUGAAAUUACUUCUACGGCUAUGGUCUCGAAGUUUCAGUACAUAAAAGAAAGAUGCGUUCACAAUAUUUCAUUGUCUAGUGAUACAUAAGCUAAUUAAAGUUGAUAUUAAUAAUAAUAAUGAUGAUGAUAUAAUGAUGACACGAUGAUCAUGAUACUGCUAAUAACGAUAAUGAUAUUUUCUAGAGAUCGAAAAGAGAUAUAUUUUUACUAUAUUAUGUAAAAUAGCGAAUGCACUCGCGACGAUGAAGCUCUCAGGAUCGAACACACGAUCUUCUUUUUCCUUUCCAUUCGAUCUGCAUGAGUGGAGGAAGUGUAGCGGGUGGUUUGCCACUUACUUUGUUGCUUCUGGCAGGAGAAUAUAUGGCUUUUCUUGCUUGCUCAUAGAAACUUCCCGGUACAGUUACAUAUAUAUAUUUUUUUAUAUACGUUCUUUUAUCGAGCGCACUCUUUUUUUUCCUUAUCUUCGGCCUCGUUCUUACAAUAGCGUUCCCGUUCGAUCUCCUUCGCAUUCUUUCUCGCGUUACGCAAACGCAAUCUUACUACAUAAUAUUUUAUUUGGUGAUAUAUUUAUACAAUAAACGAAAUGCUAGAUUAAAGCAA